GUUCUGAUAAUUGAACUUUACUCUUCUUUCUCUCCCAAACUUUUAUACACAAGAGAAGAUCCAACUCUCUCUCUUCUUCAUCGUUGAAGUCACUUCCAAUGUCGGACUGAAGAAGAGAAACCAGAAGAAUCGUGACCUAAAUGCAACUGUACAGAUUCUUCAGUUAGUUGCAAAGAUCGAAGAAAUAGCUGUUUUUGUAGGGUUACUUUGCCAAUUUCCUAAUUCUAGGUAUCUUCUUUUUCUUCUUAGCCUUUUUUCUCUCAGAGUCAAAAUUCAGCAAGCAAAAGAAAGAUAAAAACUUUCUCUUUUUGUUGUUUGUUGUAACGUAUACAAGACUGGAUUUUUAUUCUUUUUAUUUUAUGGGUUUCUCGAAAGAUUCGUGCUUUCAUUGUAAAGUGUCUAGAAUCCUAUUUCUCUCUACUGGGUUUGGGUUCUUAUACUCAAUUAGCUGAUUUGAAGUGUUUUUGGUACUUUAGAUCUUACUGUUAGACACAUCAAGAAUCUCCACUGUUUGAUAUAUGUUGUCCUUCAUGUCCCCAGAGAUCUAAUUGAUUCGAGCAAUGUUGUCUUUUAGUUGCGGAAUUUAUUUGUUGUGUUCGAUUGUGAAAAUUUACAAGUUCAUUUUGUCUAUAUUUCAGCUGUCUCUUUGUUUCCCUCUAGGAUUUUUCAAAAAUUAGGACCACUCAGUUUCUUUUACUAAUUGAGUGAUAGCAACAUCAAGGAAGCAGAAGCAAGUUUUGGUUUUUGUUUGUCAAUGGAUAAAGCUUCCUCACAAGAGUGUCCUUAUCCAGGAUGUUUCUUCUGUGUAAUGAAAGAAGGAAACCCGAGUAAACGAAGAUCCUGCAUUCUCAAAUUCUUUAGAGAUCUUCCUUCUCAAGACGAUGAUGGUCAAGUUCUUCCCAUUAGUGGUCUCUGGAACACAGCAAUGGCUCAUCCUAAUGAUCCUGAGUUCAUUGAGCUUGGAAUCUUUGAGUGUAUGUCUGCUUUGAUAUGGAAAGGACUUAAAAACCGGCGUUGGCUAUCUCAUGACCAGAACAUAUACAUUCCUUACUACGCGGCUCACAUUAUCGGGUCUUACACUAUGAACAUGGAAGAGUUUGCUGAGAGAGCUGUAGAAGCUGGUGUGAUUCCUCCACUUGUUGAGCUUUUAAGAGGUAGGCUUACUUGGGUUGAACAGAGAGUGGCGGUUCGUGCUUUAGGGCAUUUAGCUACUUACCCGAGUACUUUUCCCGCUGUUGCGGAUCACGGAGAGAUCCUCGAGCUUGCUAUACAGUUGGCAAUGAGUUCGUUGGAGAUAGUUUAUUCUCAUUUUUACCAGUAUCCGGAUCGAAGGUUGAGUUACCAUUGUGAUCUGCUUACACGAGGCAUGGGAGGUGUAGAGAUGGAGUCGAGAAAAGCAGAGGAAUGGGCGAGCCAGUUGCAGUGUUGGUCUCUUCAGCUCAUAAACUGUUUCGCUUUUAAACCCGAGUUUCUUCCCACUUUGUGUAAACCUGAGUUCUUGGUGAAUCUUCCAGUUAUGUGGGGAGGACUUGUGAAUGAGAACUCGCCUGCUGGUAUCGGUUUGCUUAGAACAAUCUGUCAGCAUAAACUAGGUCGUGGACCUGUCUCUGCAUGUGCAGGAAUGAUUGAGGCCUUGUGUAAUAUCGCUCGUUCUUCUGAUGAUUGGCAGUAUAUGGCGAUUGAAUGUCUUCUUUGGUUGCUUCAAGAUCCUAAUACGUCUCACAAGGUGAUUGAUAAGGCGGUGCCAACGCUUGUAGAUCUUGCAGAGAUCACAAACUUGGGUGAUCACAAGAAACUUGGAGAUUCCAUUGUGAGUGUUCUUCAAGAAUGCAGCUCAAUGGGUAACCGUUCAAGGGAAUUGAUCGAAGAAACGGUAAAUUCUCGACAGAGACUGAAAUGGGAGAAGAGUAUGCCUAAAGAGGACCUUCAUAUCAAACAAGCAGCAGCUUUAGUGGUCAAACUCGAAGGAAACUCUCUCUUUUCAUCAGGAGAUAUCGCGGGUGCAGCGGAAAAGUACUCGGAAGCUUUGUCUCUAUGCCCAAUGAGGUCGAAGAAGGAAAGAGUAGUGUUGUAUAGCAAUCGAGCUCAGUGUCAUCUCUUGCUACAACAGCCUUUGGUUGCUAUAAGUGACGCUACACGUGCGCUUUGCUUGCACAAUCCUGUAAACCGGCAUGCUAAGAGUCUUUGGAGAAGAGCUCAGGCUUAUGAUAUGUUAGGUCUAGCUAAAGAGAGUUUGUUAGAUGCGAUUCUGUUCAUCAACGAAUGUUCUCAGUCGAAUGAUCCGGAUCUCUCCAUGAGACAGAACAAGGUUCCUGAUUACGCAGAGAGGUUGGUGAAGAAACAGAUGCGUGCAGCUUGGUUGUUUAAAGAAGCGGCAUUGAAGCAUGGAGGUGUGCAUAGGAAAGGUGAAGAGAGGGAAGUGUAUGGAAAUGAAACAGAUGAUUCGGAAUGGGAAACAGCGAGUGAGAGUGAUAUAGGAGAUGAUGGAAGGGAUCAUAUGGGACUUGAUGAUGAGGAGGAGGAGGAGGAAGAUGAAGGUCACGGUGAGAAGUGGAAGAACCGGGAUAAAUCGAGUGAGAAAAAUGAGAAAACUUCUGCCAAAGGUAUGAGGCAUGGAUACAGCAUAAAGCUUGCAGAAGAUGAAAUAUGAAACCUUGAAACACAACAAGGUCGUUACAAGAAGUUGAAGAACAGAGAAGACGUUGAAUGGGUUUGAGUCUUUUUUACAAGCAAGAAACUUGCUUCAUGGAUAUCGUAAGUUUUCUUUUACUUUUUUUUUUUUUUUUCGUUUCUUUAUUUAGUUUUGUGUGAUUGUAGGAUUUGUGGUAAAAUUUUAUCCAUUUUGAAGGAGUAAAGAAGAAAGGAACAAUUGUUUUGUUUUUUCAGUGAUUUUAUUUAUUUUUAUUUUGUGGUGUAUUUAUUCAGAGACAAAGAGGAGUUCCAAUUUGUAAAAAAAUAUUUUUUCCUUAUAUUAAGAAAUGAUUUGUGAUUGAGAGAGAUAUUUUUUUUUGGGGGUCAAUGAUUGGCCGAGAUUGUAGAUUAAAAAA